AUGAAAUUAACGAUGAGUGGUAAUUCAUCGAACAUUGAAAAAUUUGAUGUAAAUCAAAAUCAAAAAGUGAAUGUCAUGUUUAUUCUGGAGUGGAAUAAUAAUAAAGUUUGGGCCAAACUAAAUUUGCCUGUUACGUUUAACGACUUUGUUUUAAAAGCUCACGAGAUAUUCCCGAUCUUGAAUAAUUUGAAUUUUUUCUUUGUCGAUUCAAACGACGCUAGACUGGAUGCGAUCCUCGUCGACUACGUUCUUGCUAGUCCCAACGGUGUGAUUUUGAAAAUUAAAUGUGCUGACACUCAAAUCCAGGAAUUAGAUGAAGCUGUUGAUUACGAAUUGCCAAUAACACCUCAUUCGUUGUCAGUGGUCGAAAUUGCUGGUACAUCUUCAAGUAAUGACAGUAUCUCUAACUUAAUUGGAGAAGAUUCUCAAAGCAUUCCUGCUAAAAAACCUAAACUAGAAUCCGAUCAACUACCUAGAGUUCUUACUAAGAAGAAAUUGGAAAAAUUAAUUCUUGAUACUCCAAAUGGCUCUGAUUUAAUAAAAGAAUACCAUAAACAAGUUGUUAGUCAUUUAAAGUGUCAUAAAGACAAAGUUCAACGAUCACUUCAUGCAUGGGAAAAAGCGGAGUGCGCUAAGGCGAUAGUUGAACUAUUUCCUAGCUCCAGAAAUAACAAAGGUGUUUUGGGAUAUGAACACUUCUUUGAUCCAAAGUCCGGGAAAGGUUUUUUGGCAACAAGUUUAUCAAAUAAAUCAAGAAAGAAAAAAUCUUCCUUAACUCCAGAGCAUCUUCUUACCACUUCUGAUAGUGGAUUAGCACUAAAAAAUACUUCUGUCAACGAGACUUCUGAUAUCAAAGCAGACAUUGACUUUAUGAAAACUGCUACACCGAAAGAAAAAAAUUUAAUUAUCGAAAAAUCUAUAAGCACAUUUAAUGUACGUAGAGAUUUAUAUCUUAAUGAAAAUUUCUUCCGGGAAUUCCCGCGCUUUCUGGAUACUCCAGAGUUGAUUGAUGUUGAGUUUAAACUCAUUUUUCCUGAAAUUGAUCUAAGUAGUUUUAAAAAUUCUUAUCCUCAGAAAAUUGAUGCUAUAUUGAAGAUUUUUAAGACGGAAAAGUUUGAUGAAACAUUACUUGAAUGGGAUCAUGACACCAACUCUAUCAUAGCAUUAACUCAGUUACUUCCACCAACAGCCAGAGGAAAGAAAGGUGCCAGUAGGGGAAAAGCAAAAGGUGUUGUUGAUAAAUUAAUAAUUUUUAAACCUAUUGGAAGUCCAAUACAAUCAGUAUAUGAGGAACCUUCACGCCAACCAAAGCUGAUUGCAGUUGGAUCAAGCAAACUUUCUGUUACUCAGUUUUUUUUAAGAAUAGACAAUCAUCACAUUUCACUUAAUUUAUCUAACAUCUUGGAAGCUAUUGACUUUUUAUUUAAAGCGUACUACGUCUUUAAUGUCGAAUUCGACCCGGACUUGCUAAAUUUUUGGAUUUUUAUCCAAAAUUUUUUGUAUGGUAUUUCGAGCAAGUGUACCAAUAAGGUUCAGGAUUUUUAUACUAAACUUGAAGCGUCUUAAAUGGAUUUUAAGA